AUGGAUUGGCCAGACUCCAUCAGUGUCGAGACAUUGCAUCAAGAAGCGGACAACAUCAGGAGGUGGCUAGAUGCUCGACCAUCACCAGGUCCAGAGACAAAGCGCUUGGCGGGCUCACGAGAGGACUUGGCAGGUACCCUCGCGAGCUUGGAGAGCCAGAUCUCGCAGCUGAGGCACCAACUGGCAAGCGAGGUGCAGGGCCCUGCCCCUCUCCCUCUUCUCGAGCCGAGCUCGGGCACGAAGGCCCUCUUUGCUCCCGCACGGCUGCCCACGACAGCCGAAACGCGUGCACAGCAGGACAUUCUGCAGCUGCUGCAAGCCACGGCCAUGCAAUUUCAGGAUCGCUUCUACGAGGCCGACGAGGUGGUCAUCGAGGCGUCUCUGGCUAAGCUCUCACAAAGGCUUCGAGAACUGCGAGCCCGCUACCAGGACAUGCGCAGCCGCUGCGAAGCCCUGGGUCAUCAUCUGCAGGAGGCGAAGGCACAAGAGGCUCAGCAGCUCCUGGUCGACCAAGGUGAGGCCGAGCUCGCGCAGUUGCGAGAAGAGGUCCAGGAGGCACAGCGCCGCCGUUCCGAGGCGGAGCGCGAGGAGCGAAGGCUGGCCGCAGCCGCGAGGCAGGACCAGGUCAUGCUCGAGCAAUCCCGGCUCGCACUGCGUAGGCUUCAAGCAAGGAAUGCCGAGCUGGAGCAGGAAGUGGAUAUGUUACACAUGUUGAAAAAGUUGCAUGCGGUACACCAGAAGCCGAAGCCAACGCUUUGCAUUCAACCUGCCGUUGGAGCCCCAGCCGCCCGCUGUGCAGACUUUGCCCGCGCUAAAGCGCUGGCCGUGGCCUGGGUGCUGUCAGCUGCGGUGAACUUCGCCGCACCUGGCAGCGCCGAUGACAGGAUCCCUUUGGAGAGCCUCAAGGUUGGAACGGAGGUGGAUGCCCAGAUCCUGGCCAAACAUAGAUUCAGCGGCUGGUUUGUCAACAUUGGCACAGAGAGGUCAGCCUUUCUUGAGUUCGAGGAAGCUUGCGAUGGCUUCCCUACCGAGGGCAUGAACACGUGGCUUCGUGGAUCGACACUGACAGCCCGUGUGCUGGAGAACGAUGGCAAGAAGAUUUGGCUAACGACCCGUAGCGGGAGCUUGGAUCGUCCGAAGCGCUUUCGGACACCUCCCGAGGAAAGCCAAAUAGCAGAAUUCAGC